AAAAGGCGGAGAAAGAGAGAAAGAGUAGUAACUGAGAAGGCUCUCCUCUCCUCUCUCCCUCUUCUGCUCUGAUUUUGAUGCAAAUGUAGAGAGAGAGAUACAAAAACAAAGAGAAAACAGUAGUACUGAGUACUCAACAAGUUUCACACACACACACACACACACACACACACACACAAAAAUGAAAAAAACACACAGUCACACAGUAAGGUAAACAAGUAAUAGUCCUCCCUUUCAACCCUUUAUAUACAUACACCCACUGCUAUUUUUCUUUUCACAGCAUUUGGGUCCUUUCCCUUUUUUCAAGUCUCCUCCCAAACCUUCCUCUUCUUCUUCUUUCUUCCUCUGAGAAGCUUCUAGAGGAGAAAGAUUUAAUUCUACACCAGUGAAAGAAGUCAUAGGAAGAAAAAAAAAAAAAAAAUCCCAGGUGAGCUGUCUCUAUUUUGUUUUUAUUUUUUAACCUUUUAUUUGUUCCUUCUGUUCUUGAAACCAUGUUAGAACUUUUGGUGGUACUACAUUUUUUGUGAAAAUUACUGUCUUGAUGUUUCUUGAUGAUUCGAGAUGGUACAUUUACUGCAAGUUGUGAUUUUUUAGCUUCCGGGCUUAUAAAGUUUGGAUUUUUAUGAUCUUUUUGUUUGAUUUGAUUAAUGUUUUGGCGAGCAUAUGGUGUUUAUGUGAAUGAAUGUGGUUGAUUUGUGAAGAUGGUUGCUUGUUUGGAUUCUGAUUUUUUGCAUUGGAGAAAUUUUUUGGGGGUUUUGGUUGUGGAUUUUGGAUUCGAUUUUAAAGCUAUUUCUUGGAAAUUAAUCCUUUUACAUCAUCAAUUCAAUCUAGAAAGGAAUGUUUUCCUGCUCAAAUAGGCAUUGUUCAUAUCUCAUGUAUUAGGCUCCCAAACAAAUAAGAGUGGGUAAAACUUCCAGUUAGCAUUGUUUUGGCUAAUUUUCUCAGUAAUUGGCAUUCUCUCUGUAGUGGGGAUUUUUUUCCCCUCUGUCAAUUAAUUGAAUUUAUUGCUUCAUUAAAGGGUGCUUAGUUGGUCAAUAAUUGAUGGUCUCGAGUUUAAAUGCAUUCUGCUAUCGUUCUGUUUGUUUUUAUCCUCAUCUAGAUAUUUAUUCUCACUUUGAGAUUACGAUUAAUGAUAAUGCAGAUACCGGUGGUGGACUAAAAAAUAUUAGUCCAAAAGUGUGUGGUUUGGUAUAAUGCUGAGAAAGAGAACCAGAUCACAUCAGAAAGAUCAUCUUAUGGGUCACCUAAACCCUGAUGUUGCUUCAGAAUCCUAUUUUCAAAAUGAACUUCUGGCUGAUGAACAUAAAAAUACUUCCUUUUUUAACGUGCCUGGUUUAUUUGUUGGGUUCCAUAUCAAGAGUUCGGAAUGUGAUUCAGUUAGAAGCCCAACUUCCCCUCUUGAUUUUAGAGCAUUUUCGAAUUUGGGCAGUCCCUUUAGGUCUCCAAAAGCAUCCCAGGUGGGCAAUCAUCACAAAAUGUGGGAUCACAAUAAGGUAGGUCUAAGCAUCGUAGACUCUCUUGACUAUGAGACUGAGAAAUCAGGGAAAGCUUUGCGAGCUUCCGAUAGUAAAACCAUUCUUUUUGGCCCCCAAAUGAGGAUCAAAAUACCAAAUUCUCACAAGGGUACUGUUUUGUUUGAGUCACCUAAAUCCUUGCCCAAGGGUGUUGGCAUCUUCCCUAGUGCAAAUUCCAAACCUUCUAACCUUCAAAAGGGAAGCUCUGAUGUUUUGUUUCAUAUUGGAGAGUCCCCAUUUGAUCUGAAUUCAGAAGGGAAUUUUCGCCCUUGUUCGUUAGACUCUGUUAGGCCUGCUUCACAUCUCAGUCGCUUUGCAAACCAAAAUUUGAAUCAGGGCAGUGGAAAUUUUGCUUUGGAAAAUGGUAAAGACCCUCUUAUUCCUGUCUCGCAUUAUAACAUAGGGUCCGUACCAGUUAAGUCUUCACAUGCAGAACAGUUUUCAGAUCCUGCAUCUGUUGUUAAUAGUCUUAUUGAUACCAUAUCCCCUCGUGAGAUUGAGCUUUCUGAGGACUAUACUUGUGUGAGAAAACAUGGCCCUAAUCCAAAAGUAACUCAUAUAUUUGGUGACUGUAUUUUGAAAUGUCACGAUGAUGAGUUCGCAAAUUUUGACAAAUAUAAUAAAUUGGGAGCUCCAUCAGCAUAUUCAGCUGAGUGUGCUAAAGUUCCCGCUUCAUAUCCUUCUAGUGACUUCUUGAGCUUAUGCUACUCAUGCAAGAAGAAACUGGACGGGGAAGAUAUAUACAUGUAUAGAGGUGAGAAAGCCUUUUGCAGCAGCAAUUGCCGUCUGCAAGAGAUUUUGCUUGAUGAAGAGAUGGAGGAAAGUGAGAGCAAUGUUUUAGAGGGCUCUGCUAAGCCAAGCAACAAUGAGAAACUUUUUGAGGCCGGGUUGUUCAUUUCUUCCUAAACCCGGCUGAAAUUACUGCAAGCAUUUGACCGAUCCAAUUGAUCUUUGAAAUGUGCAAUUUAGGAAAGACAAACAAGAUCAUCUGUUUAUCAAGAGCUGUGAAUGUGCAUCUUAUUGGCAGCCAUGGAUGAUCAUCUGUGCUUUGUCUUAAGGCAACCCGCAUUGAACAUCUAAGCCCUUCCGCUGGAUAAUAUGUAGGUUCCAGCAAAUUUUGUAUUUUCGGAAUAAUAUUGUUUUUAACAUGGUUUAUAUAACAGCAAUACCUAAUGGAGGGUGGUAGUAGCCCAUUUUUGUGGCUCCCCGAAUUUUUGGCUCCCUGGUUCUCAUGUAUAUAAGGUUUUUUUUUUUUUUUUUUAAAUCAUUAAGUAGUUUUGAAUUGAUGGCAUGAGGAUCUACUAAAAUAGUUGGUUAAGAGUUUGAAACCUAUAUAGUGAAAAAUGUUAUGCCUAUCUGCAUUUUACAUCUCUGGUAACAAAUGCUUGCAAGCUGAAUAAAUUUGUUCUUCUAAUCCA